AUGAGGCUCGCAGCCAGGACCGUGUUGACUCCGUCCCUUGACGCCGUCAAGAUGGACGAUCGCAAGCGGCCCGCUGGGCAGGAUGAUACGGCGCCGCCGCCGAAGAGGCAGGCUUUGAGCGUGAACGGCGCGAAGUCGCAUCAGGAUGACGUUCCUUGGAAGGAUGACAUCGAGGCAUACCAGAAAGAUGCGAUUCUGCGUCAAAUGCGCGAGUAUAAGCGUGAGAAGAACACCAUCGAAGCGGAACUGCGAAAAAUGGAGGAACGUGCAAAAGAUCAUGACGACCACCUGCGAGUAAUUGAUACAUGGUUCGAACAGUUGCUCGAUGAGAUCAGAGUUCUAGUCGGAGAGAAGCUUCCCGAUUCCGAUAGCAGUAAGCAGCGGCUGCAACCUCCCGUCACGGUGUCCGCCACCUCUAACGAUAUCAACAUAGGAUCAAGUUCUAUUCCCACUACCCUGUUUUUUGAGGAUAGUGAGGCCUUUUCGAAGCAUCUCGCCAGCCGCAGAGAGAAGAUAUUGGCCGCACUGUCGGAUCUUUUUGGGAAAUUCCCUCCCUCCACUCCUGAAGUAUCGGAUCUGAAUCAACGAUUGGGAAAAGUACUGGCUAGAGAGAAGCAACUGAUCGCCGACUUGCAGAAGGUUAAUUCAGAAAAAGAACACACCUCUGAUAGGCUAGACACGGCUACGCUGCGGUAUAUGCUUGCGGAGAAGAAACUUGACCGUCUCAAAAGUAUACAAGUUCAGAAAUUGGAAAGGCAAGCGCAGGGCGGGAAUGUUGCCGUUAAGGAGGAGUCUUCGUCCGUUUCCAAUGGUGCCGAAGCAGUUGGCUCUGCCAAUGGCGUCAUAAACGAGGAACUUGAGACAGCACGAGAUGCAGCGAUGGCCGAAGCCGCCAAGCGCAAAGAACAGCUGGAGCAGCUCGAGCAGGAAAACAAGAAGCUUACAGCGGAGCUUUCCUCCUUGAAUGUCAAACUGGCUGGGUUGUCCGAUGAUGACUAUGCGAAAACCGAGCUUUUUAAGGUUUUGAAAUCGCAACACGAGGAUGUGAUCAAACGUAUCAACCACCUGGAGGCUACUAAUAUCCAACUUCGCGAGGAGGCCAAGAAAUUACAGGCCGAGCGGACCGAAUACCGCAUCAAAGUAGACGACGAGGCCCGGGCUACCAUUAGCGAAAGCGAAGGCAACGUAGCUCGGGCCGAAGCAGAUCUUGCUCGCAUCCGCAGCCAUCGGGACGAGCUGCUCACAGAGGUCUCAACCUUGAAAGCGAUUCUGCAAGACAACACGGUAUCCAGGACGGAAACAAAGGAGUUGGUAAGCGCAUGUGAAAGCCGGAUAUCAGCACUAGAAUCCGAGUGCGAGCGCUUGAGGUUGCAAUUGGCCGAGAAUGCACCGGGUGCUGGCGACCAAGCUGCAGAUUUGGAAAAUAUGACGCCGGAUCAGCUGAAGAAUAGAAUUGCGACCCUUGAAAAUCAACACAGGCUCCUCAAUAAUGAACUACCUGCGAUGGAAGCUGCUUGGAAAAAGGCCCAAGCUGUCGCUGGCAGGAAGAUAGCCGAAAUAUCGACCUGGGAGGAGAAUGUCGGACGCGCCAAUGCGGACAAGGCAAAAGCAGACCAGAAGUAUUUUGCGGCCAUGAAGGCCAAGGAAACCUUAGCUGAGCAGAAUCGGGUGCUGCGAGUCCAAGCGAACAAGAGCACGGAAAUUGUGACACAGUUAAAAGAGGCGGAGGCGCAUAGCCGGAGUCUUGUGGACAAAUUGGAAAAGCAAUGUGCCGAAAUGAGGGCGCAGAUGGAGGAGCUGUCAAUUCAGCAUAGGACUCUCCAGCAAAAGCUUAAAGAGAUGGAGAUCGCUUCCGAGGGCCAUGCCAAUCAGGUUUCCGAGCUGAAGAAGGUGGUUGAGGCUAAGGAUGCAGCGUAUCUGGCAAGCAAACAUUCCCAAAGGGAGUCUGAGACGGAACGGGACAAGUUGGCUGCGCAAGUGCAUGGGUUGGAGAAGCAAUGCCAGCACUGGAAGAAGAAGAGCGCCGGCAAUCAAUCUGAAGAUGCGGCAAUGAUGCAGUCCAUGCUCCAAUGCCAGGUCUGCAAGACGAACUUCAAGGACACGGUUAUCAAGACAUGCGGUCAUGUUUUCUGCGAUAAAUGCGUCCAGGAUCGUCUCAUCAACCGGGCACGAAAGUGUCCACAUUGCGGCAAGGCGUUCGGCAACAACGACACUAUGCGCAUCCAUCUAUGAUUUCAUCCGAUUCUUCUGGAUGUCAGGCUUCUUGAUAUGUCCAACGAACGUUGCACGGACUCGACCAUUCUGGCUCAGCACCGACCCUUUUGUACAUUACCUUUUCAUCAAAAGCU